UUAAUCACAUAUAUGUCUUAUGAAACCGCUUUAAAAAAUGCAUAUCACUUUUCGAAUAGAAAAAUAUUAUUGGUAGACUCAAGGUCUUUUGACCUCAGUGUUUAUUCCUUGCUGUUGCCAGGAAAAUUAAUCGAAGACGGUACACUUGUAGAAGGUCGUUAAGAAGACUUGAAUGUGCUACGUCCUAUGCAGAUAAUUUAAGUCGAAGUCCUCCUACGUAGAGCAUUAACUUACUGAAUCAUUGAUUCUUCGUUAACAUACAAACACUGCCAUGUGCUCUGAUCAAAAAGUUUAAAACCUUAAGGUCAUUAAUUAAAUGUUAGAUCCGUCGUAAAAUUAUUCUCACCCGCUGCUCUUUCGCCCUUGAAGUUCUCUCCACCUUGCAAACUACUUUGGAUUCAAAGCUUUUGGAUAUAGUCAACGUUACGCCCUAUUUUUGAUAUUGAAGAAUUUGCCCAUUGUGCAGCGUUGCACCUCUGUCUCGAGCUAUUAGUGAUGCAUUUUCCUUUUUUACUGUCUUCAGUUAUUGGUCUCUCAAACGUUAGUAUUUCUAGUAUGUCUUCGGGAUGUUUUUCUCUGUCUCUUCAAAGCAAUUAUUGCAGGAGCAUUUUGAACUUCUAUCGCUUCUCCGUGCAUCGGGAGACGGGAGAACUCAGCUUGAGUCAGGCUGCGAAAACCCAGGUACAAACACUUCCAGACUCUCUCCACAUACCCCAUCCGGGAUUACUAUUACUAGCCCUCACAGAAUAAGUGUGGCUCAUAUUCCAUUACUUUUCUGGAUAACUGAGUUUAAGGAAAGCUUCACUGCACUCGAGAUCUUCUGCUGAAGACUGAGAGUAGCCAUACGCUUCUUCUGAGUAGGAAUUACCUUGAAGUUUUGAAAAUUUCAUAUUCAUUUCUUAGUUAGAUAUGAAUGUUAUGCUGUAUUUUCGCUGAGAGGUAGACGUAUACAUGCGUAAAUUGACGCAUGGUCCUACUCCAAGAACCUACCUGACAGCCAUAGCCUACAUGAUUUAUUUGAGUCAGGUGUUUUUUAGUAAGACAAUGCUCCUUCUAACGUCGCUACUGACGUGGCUCAAUAACUGUAUCAGUCGAUAUUCAACUACAGUUCUCUAUGUUGGCAAUUACUUCACUUCGGCUCUGACAACUGUGUAAUAUUAUUUACAUGUACGCUAUUAAUGUAGCCCGUAUCCUGGUACAUAAAAUAUCCGAUCCAUGUAAAUGGUCUCUGUUGCGGAUUUUCACAAGUGAAGUCUUGACAGUCGUGACUGUUGUCUCCUUUUGCAUGAUCUUUUGAAAAUGAGUGCCUUUUCACUUGUUUAAACUAUUGUAUUUAAGUAGAAAAGUAAAUGCCAGUUGGUUUAAGUAUAUUUCCUUCAUUUUGUAGGAAAUCUUACCUCCUUUCCCAAGAAUAAUCUCUAACCUGACCUUAAAAGGAGACAUGGAAAGCCACAGUUAAUCCUUCUGUAUACGCGAAAAGCCUCAGAAAACUGCUCUUCUUACUCUGAUGCGUAAAUGUUACCCCAUCGCUAUGCGUCUGUGGUUUAGUGUUUCAAUGCCCACUAACCAUGCAUAUGGUCUGGACUCGAUCCCCGACCGCCGCACUCUUAGAUGUCACCUGUCCUGUGGUGAGCCGGUAAGAAGGGGAAGCUAAGCGUAGAAAUACCUCCGCUACUAGAAUUUCAAAGCAUCAAGCACUAUGUUCCCUAUGAACUCACAGGAACAGAAAAUCAGCUCCUGAAAUUACAUGGCAACUAACCACAAAACCUGACACCAGAGAGGAAGGAGAUUAUUCAGGUAAAUAAAAGAAAGAGGUACGAGACAGGAGUGUACUUUAGUUAUACAUGCUCUUGGAAUUGUGAUUGAUAAGUUUCCAUAGUUCGUUUCUUUGAGUUAUUGCCUAUCAUUCAUCCUGUCCUUAAAAGACAGCGAGAAGUGUAAUAGAACUGUAAGCCUACCUCUGUUUCUUGAUCUUAUCACAAAAAUGUCACCACCUGCCAGGCAUCUCAGCUUUACUAUUGUAUUUGUUGUAUCCAGGUAACUAAAGCAAGUCGGAAAUCCUAUUUUACUUAUGGGAGUUUUCUUGUGGUUUCUGUUUCCUUCAGAAUGCUUUCCUUUUGAGUAUCUCAUCAAAUUCACCCGAAGUCUAUUUCAAAAACUAUAUUGUUGGUAAAAGUUAUUGCAUGUGAAUUAGAAAUAGGCUAAUAUAGACAUUUUUGUUCUCUUUGUCUUACAGAAUACUGAUCACUGAAAAAUCCUCCACUUCUAGUGACCGAUUACAAACCAAGGCGGUUGGAAACGUUUAACGUGUCAGCAAAUAAAAUACAACAUAUCUAAAUUCAUGAUGUCACAUAAUGAAGUUACAAGUGCUUUUUUAUAUCUUUCUACAAAAGUCACUAUUUUCGAGCCUCCAGGGCCGCUAAACAGUGUGUUUUUUGAUGAUGCCGGCAAACAUAUUUUCACCCUUAGGUCACGUGGUACUAUGGGUGUGAAUGUCAAAUCCGUUGUGGAUGACACCAUACUAAAUUUUCGCAUAGAUGAUCAGGGGGAAGUUCUGAGCAUCAAAUUUUCUGAGGAUAAUCGCGUCUUGGCAAUACAGCGAAAUAACCAGUCUGUUGACUUCUUAAAUUUUAAGGAUAACUGUCCCAUUGGUGCUCAGUAUUCUCAAAGUUGCAAGAAUAAAUCAGCAGCACUUUUGGGAUUUGUGUGGUGUUCGAACUACGAGAUUCUCUUCAUCACUAAUGAGCAGCUUGAAUUAUAUCAGGUCUUGACUGACAGAAAUUCUGUUCGUUUGAACAAAUGUGUAAGCCUGAACACGGAUUGGUUUCUAUGGAAUCCCGAUACUCGCAUUUGCCUCACUUGCGGUCCAGAACAAAUGUUGCACAUUUUUAACUUAAAGACACCGGCUACGAUCUCCAAAGGAUCGAAGUUUCAGUUACCUACAUCUACAGAUACAAAUUCAACUCCUGUAGCGGUUGAACGAAAGCACUGCUUUUUAGCUCUCUUAUAUAAUAAUUUGUACUUCUGUGCGGUUCGUUAUGUUGAUCUACAUGAGGGGCGAGAUCUCAAUCGAACUGUUUGUUUCUACGCAGUCAAAACUGAGGAUCCUGUUGUCCUGACGCAUGUUUUGAUUUUGGAUUCAGAUGACUCUGUAUCAUUUAGUUUACUGGAUAAUUUAUUUAUGGUGCACUAUCAAAAGGACAAGGUUACCUCAGUUUAUGAUAUCGCUAUAACGGGUACUGUAAAUAACAACAUCAGUCAUCAUAAACCAAUAUUAAAGAAAGUAAUGACUGCACCAUUUAGUCUACCGACUAAAGUUGUUCCUGCCUUGUCGGCGAAUUUGGACACUCAGUUUCCUGUCGACUUAUAUUCAACUAAUUGGAUUAUUAACCUGUGCGGUGUUGUAAUUGAUAAUAAUUUAGGUUGCUCGUGGUUAUUAUGUUUGGAUAAUAGUGUCGUUUCCAAACUAAUCAAUAAUCAUAACCUAACUAUUGAGUUUCUUCUGCAUCGAUCUAAUGGUAAAAGUUCUCUAUUGGACUACUGUUCAAAAUUGAUGUCAGAUAGUAUAGACGAAGUGAUUUCAAACAUUAAUCAACCUCCUGUGUUCGAAUUCAAUGCUCGUUCAUUGAAUCGACGCUUGGAUCAAUUCGUGUUCAUCUUUAAGCGAAUAUGCAAAGUGUCCUAUUGUAUGCCUACUGGUACCAGAGGAUAUCAUAUGCAUUCUGAUACGUGUAACAUCGAUUCUAUGAACAAAACAUUAAACACGUGUUCUUCAUUGCCUGCUAAAAUGAAAACACCAUAUGAAGACAACAGUUUGAUUUCAUCUGCCAAUGACGUUGUCACUCAGUCAGAAAUAUACACUCAUAUAUUUUUAAAAAACCAACGAUCCGAGCAUUCGGAAGUUCGUAAAUUUCUGUGUUCUGUGGUGGUUGAGUAUAUUCGCGUAUUUUUGGAGCACAAUAUUUGCGUGGAACAUUGUUUCUACGAACUGCUUGUCAGUCUUGUGGCCAGAAUUGGGAAUUAUAUUCAAUACAGUUAUUAUAUUCAAAGUCGUUUGAUUGCAGACUCUAAGCCCAUUGCAUUACAGCUUUUGUCUUUGGAAACAGUAUAUCCUCCGGCUGGCCAGUUAGCUAUUGAUAUGUUGAAGAGGUUGGAUACGUGCAAUAGUGAACUAUUUGAUGCACUACUUAUUAAACAACGACCUUUGGAGGCAUUGAGGUUUUCUAGCUUGCAAUCUUCGGCUAACAUUGUCGACACGGAAAGUAUGUACAGCCUUCUAGAUACGGCUGAACAGGAUGGGGAUUCUAUCAAGUUUCACUGUGUUUAUCAUUAUUUGAAAGAAGGCAACUCGAUGUAUAAGGAACUUUUCCGUGAUACAGAUGAACGGUUUGAACGUUUUACCAAGCAUUACAAUGAUACGUAUUCAUGAAAUGAUAUACAUGUUCUUCUUGCAAAACACAUUCAUAUAUUUUGGAUUUUCAUUGGAUAAUGCCAUCCGUUUCUUAUUCCUUGCGUUCUCUUGUUGUAGUUGUUUUCUCCUCAGUGUAUCUCCAAAUUUGACUAUUUUGUAUUAUUUUGUGCCAACAAAAUGAUUAAUAUACUGCCGAGAGCUUAAUAAUUAUAUAAAAACCCAUGUUGAGUCAUUUGAAUAAAAACAUGCAUCAUAGUGUGA